AUGGAUCCAUUGGAUUUAUUCAAUCUCGAUGCAGACAUAGAUUUUGAAACUGCUUAUCGCAUGUUAAGUGAUUUUGAUUCUUUUAAUAAUCAAAUUACGACUACAACUAACAGUAACACCCAUAAUACCCCAUUGGACCAUCAUUCAGGAUACACUCAACAACCACAGCAACAUGUUGUUGUAAAUCAUCUCAAAAAUGUUCUUCCGACUAAUCACAGUAAUAUAUCAAUAUCACAUAAUAAAAUGGCACCAGCUAUCUCAAUAUUAGAAAAACCGACACAUUCAUCCCUAUCUCCUUCUCCAAUGUGUCUCUUUAACAAUAAAACAGAAGAAUAUUUGCAUUUAAAUGAAAAAAAUCUAUGCAAUAAUAUAUAUUCUUUGCCAACUGAAUCUAAUCACUCUUCUCAAACGCCAAAAAGAUACAACACACAAUUACAUGAUCUUUCUCAUUUAACAACAUUUAAUCAAUCGAAUUCUACAAUUCAAAGAAAUCAAACUUUUAUCAAAAUUGCAUCUCAUAAUAAUAAUAAUAAUAAUAAUAAUAAUAAUAAUAAUAAUAAUAAUAAUAAUAAUAAUAAUAAUAAUAAUAAUAAUAAUAAUAAUAAUAAUAUAAUUUCAUCAAAUCUACCGCCAAAAAGCACAUCACCCUAUAAUUUUAAAUCAACAGCUGAUCCACAAAUUUCAGUUCUUAACCAUCAAGAUAUCUUAUUACAUAAUCAUUUAUCUAGUCAAGGUGUUGGUGAUGAAUUACUGAGUGCAUAUGAAGCUAAUGCCAUAGAACAGUUUUUAGAUAACUUACUAUCGUUAGAUAGUAAUCAAACUAUACCGUCAAAUGUCUCAGCCUCAUCUUCAGAUAUAAAGCAUAAAUAUGAUAAUUCUAAUAAUAAUUAUAUUAAAGAUGAGUUAAUGGAAAAACAUUUAACCUCCCAUAAUCUUACACAAAAAAAUACGGCUAGUUUAAUAAAGACUACGGUUGAAAUAACAGAAUCAAAUGAUAGCAGAGAUACAAUAAAAGAUGCAAUUACUAGUGAAUCUGAAGAUAUUAUUACAUCUAGCAUGUUUAAUGAAGAUAUUGAUAAUGAGUAUAUCCCUCAACCAAUUAAUAUCCCUGAAAUUACACUAGAUUUAUUGGAUUGUCCAGAACAUCUUAUCUCUAAGACAAAUUCUUUGGAAUUCAAAAAAUGGAAACAUGUAGAAGUGGAAAAGCUAAGAAGAAAUCAAACAAAGAAAGCUUUUGAUCAGUUAGUUUCAUUACAGAAUAAAUAUUCAAAGCCGCUUAGUAAUAAGUCUAAACGUGUUGCAAAAUAUCAGUUAUUAACCCAAGUCAAGCAUGAUAUCCAAAAUUUAAUCAAAGCAAAUAGAUUUUUAGAAGAAAUAAUUACUAGAGAUUCAGAGAGAAUGGCAUAA